AUGGGAGGUAGCGCAGAGAAGCGCAAGCACGGCGAAAUGCUGCCAAGUACUAUACGCGCGAUCAUUUGCGGCCCGUCGAAUUGCGAUAAAACCAACGUUCUCAUAAGCUUACUCGAGAGCCCGAACGAUGUUCGUUUUGAGAACGUGUACGUCUAUUCCAAAUCGUUGCAACAGUCAAAGUAUCGAUAUCUCGAAAAUUUGUUUACGUCUAUCGACGAAAUCGGCUACUUUACGUCCAACAACAGCGACGUCGUUCCACUGAUAACCUUUACCCUGCGUGCCAAAAUCGUACCGACGAUAGAGUCGUUGGAGAAUGUUUUUGAAACGAUGGAAGACUCGUUAGCGACGAAGGUUCAAAAUCAGCUGCAAAACGUCGAGGCCGUCCUGAGGGGAGCGCGAGAUAAAGAGAGCGGUAUAAAUUACGGCAUUUACCUACACAAGGAUGGGCUGAACAAGGCUGAUAUCGUUGAGAUAUGCCCAUACUCGAGCUUCAACAGAGGCUACCACUACAUACUCACUGUCAUCGAUGUGAGCAAGUACGCGUGGGCAGUACCGCUCAAGAGCAAGGGUGGAAGCGAGAUAGCUAACGUCACUGAGAUCCUUCGAGAAAGUGAAAGAUGUCCGAAAAAUUUACAAACGGAUAUGGGGAAAGAAUUUUACAACGCCGAUGUACAGAAUAUCCUGAAAAAACACAACGUUAAUCACUAUUCCACGUAUUCGACGUUGAAAGCGUCAGUCGGGGGGUUCAAUCACACGCUCAAAAACGAUAUGUGGAAAAUGUUUACACUUAACGGCAACUACAAGUGGGUCGACGAGCUACCGCGUCUCGUAUCAGAUUACAACGCGCGCAAGCAUCGCACCAUCGUCAUGCGACCCGCUGACGUAACUUCCGCGAUUGCCGAAAGACUCUUGGGCACAGUGUACAGCGCGAUAAAGAUAGCGGGUCCUGCAAAAUUCAAAGUAGGCGAUUCGGUACGCGUGAGCAAGUACAAGAUGAGUUUUGAGAAGGGUUACAUACCAAAUUGGACUGAGGUGUUUACGAUCGUUAAGGUGCAGCGUACCAAUCCCGUAACCUAUCAACUCGAGGACUAUCGUGGAAAAUCCUUCGCUGGAGCGUUCUACGAGCACGAAUUGCAUCGCGCUACUCAUCCGGACGUGUAUCUCAUGGAGAAAGUGUUGCGCUGGAAGGGUGACAAAGUGUACGUCAAGUGGCUGGGAUUCGAUGGAUCGCACAAUUCAUGGAUACACAAAAACAGAGUUAUUUGA